AGAAGAAGAGAUCGGGAGCAGAGAAAUGGCAGCCGCGGCCGUGGUUGAGUUUCAGAGAGCACGGUCUCUUGUUGGAACUGACCAGAAUGCCUCUAUCGAUAUCUUACAUUCUAUAGUGAAGAGGGACAUCCAGGACAGCGAUGAGGAAGCGGUGCGUGUUAAAGAGCAGAGCAUCCUGGAGCUGGGGGGGCUGCUGGCAAAGACUGGCCAAGCUGCAGAGCUCGGAGGCCUCCUGAAGUAUGUACGGCCCUUCCUCAACUCCAUCUCCAAGGCCAAAGCAGCCCGGCUGGUUCGCUCCCUGCUGGACUUGUUCCUGGACAUGGAAGCAGCCACGGGUCAGGAGGUGGAGCUGUGCCUGGAGUGCAUCGAGUGGGCCAAGGCUGAGAAGAGGACUUUCCUCAGACAGGCACUAGAGGCUCGACUCAUCUCACUGUAUUUUGACACAAAGUGCUACCAGGAGGCGUUACAACUUGGCUCCCAGCUGCUGCAGGAGCUCAAGAAGAUGGACGACAAAGCUCUGCUGGUGGAGGUCCAGCUGCUGGAGAGUAAGACUUACCACGCGCUCAGUAACCUGCCCAAGGCCCGCGCUGCACUUACCUCUGCCAGGACCACCGCCAACGCCAUCUACUGCCCCCCCAAACUGCAAGCAGCUUUAGACAUGCAAUCAGGGAUCAUUCAUGCAGCAGAGGAGAAGGACUGGAAGACUGCUUACUCAUACUUCUAUGAAGCUUUUGAGGGCUACGACUCUAUCGACAGCCCGCGAGCCAUUACAGCCCUGAAAUACAUGCUGCUCUGCAAAAUCAUGCUCAACGCCCCAGAGGAUGUUCAGGCCCUCAUCAGCGGCAAACUAGCUCUGCGAUACACAGGCAGACAGACAGAAUCUCUGAAGUGUGUGGCACACGCCAGUAAGAACCGAUCUCUGGCAGACUUUGAGAAGGCACUAACGGAUUACAAAUCAGAGUUGAGGGACGACCCCAUCAUUAGCACCCACCUGACAAAGCUGUACGACAACCUGCUGGAGCAAAAUCUCAUCCGGGUCAUUGAGCCUUUCUCCAGGGUCCAGAUUACACACGUCUCCUCCCUCAUCAAACUCUCUAAGGGAGAUGUGGAGAGGAAAUUAUCACAGAUGAUUCUGGACCAGAAGUUUCACGGUAUACUGGACCAAGGCGAAGGUGUGCUGAUUGUCUUUGAAGAGCCGGUGGUGGACAAGACCUACGAGGCAGCGCUGGAGACCAUUCAGAACAUGAGCAAAGUGGUGGACUCACUUUACAGCAAAGCAAAAAAGCUCACAUAAGAGUGAAUGAAGUCAUCUGUCCCCCCUGUCCGGAGUGACGUGGGCCAGUCACAUCUCCGUCAUCCACUCGCCUCAAUCUGGGGAGGAGAGGGGGGGAUGAAGAGAUUAUAAACACUAUCCAGCAAGCAAAUAAACUGUUCAGAUUAAGAAGACCCCUGCCCCCCAGUGAGGACGAAUGUGACGAUGUGGACCCCUGCUCCCUCCAUCCUGUUACUGUCUCUAACUGGGGUUGAUCAGACACUCGGUGCGCCCCCUAAUGGACCACUCCUGGCGCUGCACUCUUCCCACUGCUGGUCCCCACUGUAUGUAAAGAUGGACAAGCCUCUCCUAAACGUUCCUGUCUGCGCUGGCCAUCAGGGAAUCUUGUAAAAUAACAAAACAUAUGUGUACAUUACUUAAACACACAUGUAACAUACAAAUAAAAUGUUUGUUUGUUCUCAGAGCAGGGUCCGAGGGUAGUCUGAAUCUGUUGCUUAAUUUCUGAGGCAGCUCUGAAACUGAACAUUUUCUUUUUGCAUCUGUAUAAACCCAAACAAAGGCUGCCCCUCACAUCCCAAAAUAUCCUUUUAAAUGUGAUGAUGUUCUGCAGUUCGUCCUGUUUUAACAGCAUUAUGGAACAGUGGCGCUCGCUGAUCUGUCCACUUGGAAGCACAGAACGUACUCUCCUCUGCACUUCCUGUUUGUAUAUAACAUUUGCCAAGUUCUUGUAUUCAUGCAGAGCCUAAUGUUUCACGCCUCCCCUCCUUGUUUUUAGUUUAAGACGCGUUCGGAGAGUCGAACUUUGACGACUGGGAGAUGAGCUGUUUCUGCAGGAAAGGACGUUUUCCUAGAGAAAAUGAAGAUGUACAUUUCUGAGAACUUUAAUUUUGCAAAGACUUAAAUGAUUUAUCAUGUAUGGCAUAGAGGAAGACAAAUGCUAAUAAAU